UUCUUGAUCAUCUUUGCAAUUAUUCAUAUAUUAGUAAGCAUUCUCUUCUUCAACAGAGAUUUUCUUCCCUCAUUGAUUUUUGCUUUGCAAAUUCUCUUCUUUCCUAUAUUUAUUAGACAAAACCAAUCUUUUAAUUCAGAUGCAAAGCAACAGUGUAUCAACGCAUCAGGCCUGCGCGUCGUGUAAGCAUCAAAGGAAGAGGUGCGAGACCAAUUGCCCGCUGGCGCCGUUCUUCCCAUCCAACGACAUGGAUCGGUUUCAAGCAGUGCACAAGGUGUUUGGAGUUAGCAAUACGCAGAAGAUGAUCAAGAACAUUGAGUCACAACAUGAGCGGCACAAGGCGGUUGAAUCAAUCAUAUGGGAAGCCCAGUGCCGAGAGGCGGACCCGGUGAAUGGAUGUCGGGGUAAGUACUUAGAGCUUCAACAUGAGAUGAACAUGCUGAUGGAGAAGAACAAGAUGUUGCAGAACGAGAUCAACAUGAUAAUGGAGAAUAACAAGAUGCUGAUGGAGAAUAAUAACUUGUUGCAGAACGAGAACAGCUUCCUCAAGAGCCAAUAUUUCUCACAAUUUCUCCACAGCAAUAACAACAUUAGUAUCAGCAAUGCUGACUAUAUUCAGCAGUAUGAACAAGGAUUAAUACAAGCAGUACAUUCUACAGAAGAUCCUUUAUCGACAUACCAGCGUUUAGGCGGCUUAAUAAAACAAAAGGAAAAAAGAAAUUCGCUCGCUCAACUUUCUCAGUCGCAGAUUAACCAACAACAAUACGUUGUAGAGCAGCUUGGGCAAAUAAAUUUAAGAGGGAUGAAUGUAAAUAGUGAAGCAGCAACAAAUACGACUAGUGAUACAACAACAUCGGGAGCGAAGACGAUCCAGAAUCCAAAUUGGAUGAGAUGAUUUCAGGUUGCACCAAAUAUCAUGAAAUUUCAUAUUGUAUGUUACAAAAUUUUCAUUUUUAACAAUUUUUUGUUUAAAAUUAAUAACAAUGGAUCAUAUGAUUUAUUUUUUUUCUUUCUUUUAUAUUUGUGAUACAGUCAAAUUGAGAUUGCAUAAGAUAUUGUAGUAUUAUUUGAUCAUGAGAUUUAUUUAGAAACUUUAAAUGAUUAAAUAAUUUUUAGAUCCUCAUUUUACUAAA